GAAGAUGGAGCCGCACUCCGGUCAUGUGUGAUAUCACGUGAUCUCGCAGCAAUCACGCUCCGAACAUGGGAGAGGACGCGCAACGGAUCCUCUUCCGUGUGUAGCGUCUUCAUCUCGGCCUUGUAUCCCGAAGCCGAUAUCGAAACUAAUCCUCGCUCAUCACUGUACAUUCGACCGUCGAUUCCUCACACUAGUCUGUUUCUCGCGAUUCUUCUUGACUACAUACUCCAUCCAAUCGAAACAUCAGCGCACCUGGCACGAAGCCCAGCCAGAUCUCCAUAUCAACCAAAACUCGAAUCAACCAUGGCUUCUCCUCCCUACGCCUCCUCCCCCUCAGCCAUGUCGCCUCCGUACCCAUCACCAGCGCAAAUCCCCAACAAGAAACGCUCGUCAACCCUCGACGUAAACAACCCUUCAAAGCGCCGCAAGCCCUCGAACCUCUCGCAAACCUCCAACUCUGCAGCCGCAGUCAACCACCCUCUCCGCCAGACCUCUUUCCCCCCAGAGGCCCGAUCUCCGUACCCUCGCUCCCCAUCCGUUGACGCAUCCUCCCACGUGAGCGGCAGCGCAGUAAGCGUCACGGCCAGCGGCGCGCCAAAGAAGAAACGCGGCCGGAAGGCAAAGAACGCGAAGCAGGAUGAGGCGCGUGAGCAGACACCCAGCCUCGUAGGAGGCCGCGCUCCUACAGCCGUCAGCGGACAGGGCGGAGAUAAGGAAGACGACGACGAAGAUGACGAAAAGGCAGAGAUGGCGCUGGAGGAUGUGGUUGCAAGGACACAGGAGCAGAAGCAAGAGGAGAUUCGUCUACGUGCAAUGCUUGUUGAGGCCUUCGACAGCCAGCAGUAUAACCGAUACGAGCUUUGGCGCGCAGCCAAGCUCGCCGAUUCUGUCGUCAAACGAGUGGUCAACGCGACCGUGUCGCAAUCCGUUCCGCAAAACGUCAGCACAGCCGUCAAAGCCGUUGCCAAGCUCUUUGCUGGUGAGAUCAUCGAGGCCGCCCGCAACGUGCAGGCCGAGUGGAUAGCAACAGGAGAGAAGCAGAGUGAGCUCCCAACACCGCCCCCCUCCAACAACGAUGCAGCCGCCGAGGAAGAAGAGGUAGACCUGAAGCGCGGGCCCCUGCGUCCUGACCACCUGCGUGAGGCAUGGCGUCGCUACAAGCUGUCGGGAGAAAGCCGCGGAGUGGGCGUGCAGCAGCUCUGGCAUGCGCAACAGGCCGAUGGUGUCGACCGCUUCUCGACACGCACGGGAAAGCGGCUCUUCAAGUGA